AUGGCGGGCGGUCGCGGGGUCGCCGGCGCGGCCGCCCGGCUUUUGUAUGUAGCUUCUCCCCUGCGUAUUGCUUUCUCUCAAGUGGAGCUAGAGGAGCUGAUUGCAGCAAAAGGCCAAGAGCAAAGCAGAAAGAAGCACACCAGGGGUACAUACUGGCCGCAGAUCAAAGCCCCAGUCAAGUCCCGAUGCCUCUCCUACGAUCAACCACUAGUUUGGGGACAGACAAUCAAGUGUGUUGGCUGGUUUGCAAAACUAGCAGGUGCACUUCAUAAGUCUUCAGAGAUGGUGAAAAGGCCUACAGAGGGAUCCCCCUCUGGGCCUCCAGUUGGGGGCUCCAGUCUGACAGUCAGUUGGAAGGCCCCUGAGUCAGAGCUUUGGCACGACUACGAGGAUGACGUUGGCAGGAAAAUCCUGGCAGCGGCCGCCUCUGGACAAUCCGAGGUUGAGAUUUGCCAUGAAGAGAUCAGUCCUGAUAAGAAGCAGAGGAAGUCGUCAAGGCUGCGGCAGCUGCGGAAGAUUCAUAAGGGACAAAAUGGUUGCAGCGAGGAGAACGGUACUGUGCACUUCGACAGUAUGCAAGUGCGGGUUGCUGCUUCGAACACAAACCGGCUCAUUCGCUGGCGUGUGUCGUCCACAAGCUGCUGCUUCUACCAACUGCCAACCAACGGGGCCGCUCUCGCAGCGCUGGUUGCGAAACAGAGGGAGUCGGAGAGAAGGCACGUCUUGUCGGAGCUCCUCCAGUACCUGACGUCAGCCUCGCGGAUCAGCGCCUUCCUCUCCACCGCCAUGGUCCAGCGAGUGACCGCGCACGGUUUGCCCAUGAACAGCGCGCGCGACCUGCGGGUGGUGCGGACCGUUCCGAACGUGCACGCCACGCCGCACCGGACGCUCUAUGAGCGCUUCCUAGAUGCGAUGGUGCAGAACGUGGGAAGCCUUGGAGAUGCGCUCCAAGCGCUUCUGGGUUCGGAAGCCCAGUCGAUCGCGCCCUUCAAUUUUGCCUUCCACGGGACCGCCCGACGCAACCUUCCGUCCAUUCUGGCGCACGGGAUGUCGACGGAGAAGCGGCUUAGCCAGCGCAGCGGCGACUGGUUUGCGGCAUCUCCGUACGUUGGUCUAGAUUACUGUCGUUCUCGAGGUGGACCGCUGACGCGUUACCAGCUCCUACUAUUUUUGCUGCUCCCCGUGCCGUCUGCGGUGCAGACACGGCUGUUGGACAUUCUCGUGAUCUCGGACAGGCACUUCGAGCUUCCUUUAGCCAUUGUCGAAGUUGAGUACAAGUGACAUUCGAUGGGCCCGCAUGUGUAGCGGCCGUGAGGACAGGGACCGGAGCUGUCAUCAAGCGGAGCAAUUGCCUGAUAAUAAUAAAAUCCGACAAACAUAGGACUGUUGAGCUUUUCAUGGCGGCCGCCGGAAGGAUGAGAGAAAGGAACCCCGGGACUUUACAUGAUCGUGCAUCCGACAGAAUUGCCUGCCUGGGGCGCCCGGCCUGCUGGCAGCUGAACAGUCAGCCGAUGAUAUACAAACAAUCAGUGGUACUGCUGAAAUUUAACGGCUAAUCAUUCUCUAGAAAUAAGCGAUACCAAUCCAACUACAAUGACGGUAUGCAAAAGUUUGCACUCCUGUCAAUCCGUCAGGUUGAGAUACGUUUUGAUUGUAUAAGUCACUAUAGCUAGUUUGCUGACGUGCGAGACAAACGAGGAGUUUACUGUACGAUCGACUGUGUUGGAGGCGGGACCGGCUGAUGCGCGUCCGCUUUGAUAUGGCCUCGUUACUGAGAGUUAGAUUAGGCCCG